AUGUGUGGAAAAUAUCAAAAAAUAAAAAGUUUGUUGGGUGAUGAAGAUAUUUAUCAAAUGAUUACAGAAUAUCUUUGGAGUGUUGGUUGUGAUGUAACAGUAAAUGAGUUUAAGACUUACAUUGAACAGGAAGUAUUUCCAAGU